ACCACUUAGCAAAGAAAGAUGGCCCUGUACAGAGCUCUGAUUCUGGGGGCCCUCACUCUGACCACACUGAGGAGCCCCUGUGGAGGGGAAGACAUCGAGGCUGAUCACGUUGGCAUCUAUGGCACAAACAUCUACCAGUCAUAUGGUCCCUCUGGCCAGUACACCCAGGAAUUUGAUGGAGAUGAGUUGUUCUACGUGGACCUGCAGAAGAAAGAGACUGUCUGGCGGCUGCCAGAAUUCAGCACAUUUGCCAGCUUUGACCCACAGUUUGGAAUUACAGAGAUAGCUACAGCAAAAUACAACUUGGACAUCCUGAUUAAAAGUUCCAACUAUACUGCCGCUACCAAUGAGGUUCCUGGGGUGACUGUGUUCACCAAGUCUCCUGUGACACUGGCUAAGCCCAACACCCUCAUCUGUUUUGUGGACAACAUCUUCCCUCCUGUGAUCAACAUCACCUGGUUGGUCAAUGGACACUCAGUCACAGAGGGUGUGUCUGAGACCAGCUUCCUUCCUAAAAGUGAUCAAUGUUUCUUCAAGAUCAGUUACCUCGUUUUCGUCCCUUCUGAUGAUGAUGUUUAUGACUGCAAGGUGGAGCACUGGGGCCUGGAGGAGCCACUCCUGAAACACUGGGAACCUGAGACUCCAGCCCCUCUGUCGGAGCUGACAGAGACUGUGGUCUGUGCCCUGGGGCUGGCCGUGGGCCUCAUAGGCAUUGUACUGGGAACCAUCCUCAUCAUCCGAGGCCUGCGCUCAGGUGGGGCCUCCAGACACCAGGGGCCCUUGUGAGUCACACCUUAGAAGGUACACUGCCCCUCUGUGAGAGAGAAGAGUGAGCAUGCUAGAUGACUAAGUACUAUUUUCUGGCCCAGUUCAGCUUAUUUCUUCUCUCCUCCAGUAUUGCUCUCACCUUUUCUCUGGGAAUUAAAUGUUGUUUCAUAAGAGCUCACAUAUCCCUCUGAGGUCUCCCUGACUACCCGUGUUUUAUUUCUUCUGCUCUCAAUUGUUAUAUACUAUGAGAUUGUUGGAUAUUUAGCGAGUGCCAAAUCCCUAAUGACCCAGAUCAGUACCUCCAAGGAAGCAAUAAAUCCUUCUUUAUGAGAUCUUUUGUUGAAUAUUUGCUUGCCUUUCAUCUCAGGACUUACUAAUACCAAGACCCCUUAUUCUUCAAGAUCAUCUAAUUUUCUAAAUCAUAUUUCCUUCCCAAUAACACAGACAAAAUCAAAUGGCAGCUGAUAGUUUAAUAGAUAGCUGAGGUUAACAUUUCAGUCCUUCUUGGGUUCACAGUCUUGGCUGCUACACACACUCAUCUAGUUCAGGCAUCAAUGAAGAUAAUAUAUACCUCUUCCUUUCAUAUAGAUUCAUUAUAGCAGAAAAAGCAAAAACCUGAAAUAAAUCCAUUCUCAUUUU